UCCUCCUUUUCCUGCAAAACCCUAAAUUCAUUUCCUUGAAGAAAUUCUACAAUCACUCUUUUUUUUUUUUUCAUCUUCUUCUGUAAUUUUUUUGUAAGUUAAUGAAAAUUUUUGGUUUCAAAUUAAAUUAUCUAUUGAAGCUCUGUGCAUUCUCUGCAAUGGCGGAGAUUUAAUGCACAGAACUUACGCAACUGUUGUACUCCGUACUGUUUUGUUUCUGAUCUUUGAAGUUGUGAAGCAAAGUCUUGGUUUUUCUAUUUUUGGGAACUGAACUAUCUGGUUUCAGCUCAUGUUCAGCAUAAACCUUUGAUUUUUAGACAAUUUUACGUUUGGGUGUUGUAAUUCAAGCACUUGACCUCAAAGAAUUUUUGGUCUUUGAUGUUUGUUAUGUUCUAGUGUUUUUAGGGUUUUAGGGGUUUUAAGUGAUCUAUGAGUAAUGGAGGCAAAGGGGGAAAUAAGUUCGGGGGUGACGGUGAAGGGAGAUGAAGCUCCAGAGAGUUACAGAGUGGCCCCCAGAACUGAAAAUUCUAUCCCUAACGCAAACCCUAACCCCAAUCCUAUUUCUAAUCCUAAUCUUAAUCCUAAUCCUAAUUCUAAUUCUAAUUCUAAUCCUAAUCCUAAUCCGAACGCUAAUGCUAGCCUUAACCCUAACCCUAGCCAGUUUGGUGGGCCCGCAGUGACGGCCUCACCGGUGACCGCAGGGACGGAGGUAAAGAAGAAAAGAGGAAGGCCAAGGAAAUACGGACCCGACGGCAACUUAGCAACGGCAUUGUCUCCGAUGCCAAUAUCUUCGUCUAUUCCACUCACUGGAGAAUUCUCUUCAUGGAAGCGGGGUAGAGGGCGGCCUUUAGAAUCGGUCAAGAAGCAAUAUAAAUAUGAGUAUGAGAGCACUGGGGAGAGAAUUGCAUACUUUGUUGGUGCGAACUUCACACCCCAUGUGAUCACAGUUAAUGCUGGUGAGGAUGUUACAAUGAAGGUCAUGUCCUUUUCUCAGCAAGGAGCUCGUGCUAUCUGCAUUCUUUCUGCAAAUGGUACAAUCUCAAAUGUUACACUUCGCCAACCUACUUCUUCUGGGGGUACUCUGACUUAUGAGGGUCGUUUUGAGAUACUUUCCUUAUCCGGUUCAUUUAUGCCUACUGAUAGUGGAGGAACAAAGAGCAGAUCUGGUGGGAUGAGUGUCUCUUUGGCUGGUCCAGAUGGUCGUGUUGUGGGUGGUGGACUUGCUGGUCUGUUGGUAGCUGCCGGGCCUGUACAGGUGGUUGUGGGCAGCUUUCUACCUGGUCAUCAGCAGGAGCAGAAACAUAAGAAGCAGAGAACUGAAAUAGCACCAGCUGUGGCUCCAGUCAAUGUUCCCUCUGUAGAAGAGAUGAAAGGAGCAUAUGGUGGAGUGAAGCCGGUUCACGUACAAUCUUCACCUUUCCAUGGAGACAAUUCGGCUUCUGUUAACCCUAUGACGACCUAUAGGAAUUCCACUUCUGACAAUAGAAGUUCUUCUCCUGAAGAUGAUUCAAAAGGUCCCGACCUAUCCAACUGCGAGGUUUCUAGCUGAUGACAUUCUUACAUAUGUUGGUUGUAUCUCAAUUGUUUUACUGCAGACUCAACAGCAUUUAGGCAUAUUUCUACCUUGUUAGAGACAAAUAUAGGUGGACCGGCGAUUAUUAAAAAACAGGUUAGGGUUUAACAUCAUCUGGAUUUUAACCCGAAAUGUACCCUUUGUUUGUUAGGUUUAGAUAGGGAUUCAUAGUUAGGACCAUUCUGUGGCUGUUGUCAUCAUGUACUUUGUAGUGUGUGUUAUUUGUUGUAGUACAUGUAUGAAAUCCGGAGUGUCAAUUUUCUGAUCAACUACUUUUGUAUCUGAACGAAUUUUAAAUAUGAUGGACAUUUUGGUUUUAA